AAAGAAAGAAAAAAAUAAAUUACAUAUUCUAAAAGAAAACUACUCCCUCACGCAGCCACAGCUGCCAAAGCCGUCAACCACCGCCGUCGGUUUAGCCGCUGCACCACCCGCCACCGGCCGCCAUUGUUCCAUAAUACCCCGCAGUUGUCAAAAAUUCAAAAACUUGUGAAUACGAUGCCAAAAAUAUGAUCAAACAAGCCACAAUACCCACCAGCGCAAGUGGCUGGCUCUCUCUUUCCCAUCGCCAUUUCUGCGAAAAUUGAUCACUAGUCGGCCUCCGCAGCCGCCGCCAUCGGCAGAAGCUCUCAAUUAAAGACUGAUAUCUGUCUGCAAUAACAAGAUGAAAGACUCAAAGAAGCAGCUUAUUGACUCGCUCACCUCCCAUAUUUCUCUCUAUAAUUCACGCUCAUCAAACCCUGCAACUUGCCCUAACCCGAGAUCAUCAAUUCUGAAAUGGUUCUCGUCCCUCACGGUUCAUCAAAGGCAAGCUCAUCUCACUGUCGUCGACGCGAAAUUCACCCAGAUCAUCUUCCGAAUGCGCGGCAAGCUUAAAUCAAACGGUAAUGGGUUAUUUAUUAUACUCCCAGAUAUCCCCGAUUGCCUAGGUAGUAGCCUUCCUAGCAUCUGUUUUCGGAAGUCCCAUGGUCUUCUAACUCGAGUUGCAGAGAGCAACGAGGCUGAAAGAUUAAUUCGAGAAUCAAUUCGGCUUUUUGACUCAAAAGAAGGGGAGGGUAUUGAUGAUGGGUCGUAUUCAGCUGAUAGUUUAGAUUCUUUGACUGUGAGCGAGGAUCUUGUCGGAAGCAUGGAUCAGUUUGUGGAUGCCAUGGAUGCCGUUUCAGACGGGAGGUUUUUGAGGGGAGAAGAAAGUUGCAUUGGGUCGGAAUGGGCGGAACUGGACUGGUUGAAAGCGAGAGGGUAUUAUAGUACAGAAGCAUUUAUUGCAAAUAGAUUGGAGGUAGCAUUAAGGUUGUCAUGGCUGAGUUGCACUAAUUGUAAGAAGAGAGGCGCGAAGCUGAAAGAUAAGGUGAUUUCAGCUGGUUUAGCUGCAAAUAUUUUUUGGAGGAAGAAGGGAUGUGUAGACUGGUGGGAAAAGCUGGAAGAAGCAACAAAGCAGAAAGUGUUUCUAACAGCUUUGGGGAAAAUUGCAAAAUCUCUGGUACAUUUGAUAUAGAGAAUUACUCUCUCUCUCUCUCUCAUCGUUUUAUUUUGCUUGCAAAUAUUAUGUUCUCCUCUGCAGUAUUCAUAAUUAUAAUUACACGAUCUAUUGGAUAGUAUUAGAUGCUGAAUGAUGGAAUAAUUCUAAUACAUUUUU